AUGAUGUUUUGUGAUGAGCCUAAUGCUAUAUCAUUUUUCGACGGCACCACUCCAUCCAUUCCAAGUAGUUUUGAUUGGGAAGAAGCACAAUGCUAUAUGGAAUUUUUGAAACCGUUUUAUGAUGUCACCUUGAAGGUAUGUUGUUCUCAUUAUCCUUCAAUUCAUGAUACAUUUGGUGAUUUGCUUCGAAUUAAGUGUCUUUUAGAAACACAAAUUAAUCAAAAUUUGAUUGGGAUUAGAGAACAUAUGAUAGAAAAGUAUAAUAAGUAUUGGGGUGAUUUAGAUAAGUUGAAUCAAUAUAUCUUUAUUGCUAUUGUACUCGAUCCUCGCUAUAAGCUUGAGAAAGUGGUUGAUUAUUUUGAGAUUUUAUUUGGGGAGAUGGAUGAGAGGGUGGAGGUGAAGUCAAAGAUGGUGAAAGACCUCUUGUAUGAUAUUUACAAGGUUUAUGAGGAAGAUGAAGGAUUUAGUGUUAGUGGUUCUCAAGUGUCUAAUGAGGGGAAUGUAGGGAGUUCAACUUCAAUUGAGGGUUUAACAGAGUUUGAUAAGAUGUUGAAGGAGAAAGAAGAAAGGAGAAGAGCAAGGAGAACCGAAGUCAUUAACACUGAUAUUGAUAGGUAUCUUGGAGAUGCUAUGGAGAGUGAUCAUGAGAAAUUCCAUUUGUUGGAUUGGUGGAAGAUAAAUGGAAUUCACAAGUACCCUAUAUUGGCACACAUUGUUAGGGAUGUAUUAGCUAUUCUCUUAUCCACUAUAGUUUCAGAGUCUUGCUUUAGCACUAGUGGGAGGGUGAUUGAUCCAUACCGUGCUUCAUUAAGUCCUAAAAUGGUGGAGGCGUUGAUAUGUGUUCAAAAUUGGAUUAUGAUUGAUAAUGUUGCCAUAAGUCAUGAGCUCACUAUGGAAGAGUGA